AUGGAUGAUAAAAAGAAACAUCACAAGAAAAAGAAAGUAGGUAAGAAGAGCAAAAAAAAAAAGAUCAACAAGAAUGGAAACAAUAAAAAAUAUCAUAAAGCUUUUGCAUUUAGUGGAGGUAUAAAAAGUGCUCAUAGAAGAAAACAACAUUUAUUUGAAUUAGAAGAAAAAAAGUUAAGAGUACAAAAAGUUUAUAAAGAAGGUAAUAAAAGUAGUCCUUUAAUUGUAGUAAUUCAAGGUGCUAAAGGUGUUGGUAAAAGUACUUUAUUAAAAAGUUUAAUAAAAUAUUAUGUAGGAAUAACAAUAAAUGAUAUUAAAGGACCUAUAUCUAUUUUUACAAAGAAUUUAAAAAGAUAUACAUUUAUCGAAGUUAAUGAUGAUAUAUUACAUAUGAUAGAUGUUGCAAAAAUUGCUGAUAUAUGUAUACUUGUUAUUGAUGGAAGUUAUGGUAUAGAAUUAGAAACUCUGGAAUUUUUAAAUAUUUUAUAUACUCAUGGACUUCCUAAAGUUUUAGGUGUUGUCACUCAUUUAGAUAAAUUUAAAGAUAGUAAAAGCAUACGAAAAAGAAAAAAAAAACUAAAUAAAAGGUACUCAGAAGAAUUAGUCGAAGGAUCCAAACUAUUUUUUCUAAGCGGUAUACAAAAUAAUAGAUAUAAUAAAACAGAAAUAAGAAAUUUAUGUAAAUUUUUAUCGGUAAUCAAAAAACCCAUAAUUUCGUGGAGAGAACAACAUGGAUAUAUAUUAGGGUUGAAAUUAGAUGUAGACGAUCUUUUAAUUAAUAAUCAAAUUACAUCUCAAAAAAAAAACCUUCAAAGUGAACAUGUUCACAAUGAAAAUUAUGUGAAUCACACAUCUUAUGAUAAUGAUGAAGAAAAUGAAAAAAAACUCACCAACUUUUUAACAAAUUGUGAUGAAAAAAUUAAAAUAUCUAUUGAAGGAUAUGUUUAUGGAAGUAAAAUUUAUAAAAAUCAAAAAGUACACAUUCCUAAUAUUGGGGAUGUUGAAAUUGAUAACAUACAAAUCUUACAGGAACCUUUUAAAUUAGAUGAACAAAAAAAGAACCCAAAUAUUUAUGCUCCUAUGUCAGAUGUGGGAAAUCUAACAUUUGAUUUUGAUAACAUGUAUAUUCAUAUACCAAAGAAUAAAGUUAAUUUUACCAGAGACGAAUUUUUGUUGGCUGACCAAAGAGAGGAAACAAUUCCAGGGGAUCGCAGCAGCGAAAAGAAUGGUAAUACAUUGAAGGAUGGUGAAGUAGGUAGUGAUGUAGAUGAUAACGAUGAUGAUGUAGGUGAUGAUAACGUUGAUGUAGGUGAUGAUAACGUUGAUGUAGGUGAUGAUAACGUUGAUGUAGGUGAUGAUGAUGACGUUGAUGAUGAUGAUGAUGAUGAUGAUAACGAUGACUAUGAUGAUGAUGAUAACGAUGACGAUGAUGAUAAUCAGAAUACUGAUAAAUCCUCCCAUCAUAAUAAACAAAGUAAUGACAAUGAAAAAUACAUAACAGAUAGCAUAAAAAUGAUAAGAGAAUUACAAAAAUCGAAUGGUGUUUUUUCAAAACAACAAAAAGACAAUUUGAUUCUUUUUAAUGAAACGAAUGACAAUAAUGGCCCAUCCAAUAUAAGGAGGAAAGCCCCAUCGAAUGUUUACAUCAGUGAAAAACAGAAAAAGAAAAAACAGCAAGAUAGUUAUGUUAAUGAAAAGGCAGAAGAAUAUAAUAAAUUGGAAUCAAUUCUUUAUGAAAAAAAAAACAAUGACGAAGAAUAUUAUUGUGCAAAUAAUGUAACCAUUUCUUCUGAUGAUGAUAAAGAGGAAAAUGAUGCUUCCUUUAGAGAGUUUUACAGAAAGUAUGGAUUAAACGCUGAUAUGUCUGAUGACGGGGGGAAUAAUGAUGUAAAUAUAUAUAAUGGUCAAGAAAACGAGGAGAAAUUAAAAGAUACCUAUGAUAAGCUUAUUGAUGGGGGGGAAGACGAAGAUGACUAUGAUGAUGAAAAUGAUGAAAAUGACGAUGAUGAUGAAAAUGAUGAUGAAAAUGAAAAUGAUGAUGAUGAUGAAAAUGAUGAAAAUGACGAUGAUGAUGAAAAUGACGAUGAUGAUGAAAAUGAAAAUGAUGAUGAUGAUGAAAAUGAUGGUGAUGAAAAUAAUGAUGAUGGUGAUGAAAAUGAUGAUGAUGAUGAAAAUGAUGAUGAUAAUAAUAAUAAUAAUAAUAAUAAAGAAUUAAAACAUAAAAAUACUUUGGAUCCUAACAAAUCCAAGGUGAGUCGAAUGGAAGCACACGACAUAGCAGACAUUUUAUCCUUUGAUAACAAAAUUAGUCUGGACACCUUUAUAUACGAUUUUAGUUACAUUAAUCGAAAAAACAAUUUACUAUAUUUUAGAGGGGAUGUUAUAAAUGUAAUAAAGCGAGAAGAAAGAAAAUUAGAUGAGUCAUCCCAUUUGCAAGAAUAUGAAGAACACUUUUAUUUUAUAAAAAAUAUGUUAAGCACAGAUAUCGUUGAAGAUAAGAAAAGAGUAUGUUAUAGUUUUAUGAACGAGGAUAAUUAUUAUUAUGAUAAGUUAGAUACUUUUAGGAGUGAUGAGGAAGACAUUUUUAUUUUUAAUAAUUUGUCUAUAUCUGUAUAUGAUAUAGUAGAUAGCAAUAUAGUGGAUAAUUUCUUUUCACGUUACGAUAAGGUGUAUAGGAUGUUUUUUAAGAAUCGCAAGAGAGGAGAUAUGGGAAUAAAUAGCGAAGGAGAUGAUAAUAACAAUAUUGAUGAUAAUAAUAGUAAUAGUGGUGAUAAUAACAACCAUAGUGAUGAUAAUAACAACCAUAGUGAUGAUAAUAAUAGUAAUAGUGAUGAUAACAAUAUUAAUAGUGAUGAUAACAAUAUGAAUAGUGAUGGUGAUAAUUACUUGAAAGAUAAGGAUAAAGGUAACAUAGGUAACGAAACGGAUAUAAAAGAAAACUUAAAAAAGGUAAAAGAAGAGAAAUUGAUUGAAAAAGAAAAAUAUCGAGAAACUGAAAAAAUCGGUGUUUUAAAUAGUGGUUAUGGUUCAUCAGUAAAUAUAGGAGAAUAUGUACGUAUUGAACUAAAUAUAGAAAAAAAAAAGCUAGCAAUAUUAAAAAAUAAUUUAAUAAUAUGUGGUGGUAUACAAACAUAUGAAGAAAAAGAUUCAUUAAUACAUUGUAGAAUAAAAAAGCAUAGAUGGUUUCCAAAAUUAUUAAGAUCUAAUGACCCAUUAAUAUUUUCAGUAGGAUGGAGAAGAUAUCAAAGUAUCCCUAUAUAUUCAAUAAGCGAAAGAAAUAAUGUAAGAUUAAGAUAUUUAAAAUAUACUACUGAACAUAUGCAUUGCAAUUGUACUUUUUAUGGUCCAUUGGCUAGUGUGAAUAGUGGUAUUUUAGCUUUAUAUAAUUAUAAGAAGGUUCCUUUUUAUCGUAUAUGUAUAAAUGGUUUAAUAAUAGAAACAAAUAAUAAUUUAAAUAUUAUGAAGAAAUUAAAAUUAAUAGGGGAACCAUAUAAAAUAUUUAAAAAUACAGCUUUUGUUAAAAAUAUGUUUAACUCUGAUUUAGAAGUAUGUAAAUUUCUUAAUUGUCCUGUUGUAACUCCUAGUGGUAUUAAAGGAUUAAUUAAAAAUAAAAUAAAUAAUAAUGGUGAUUUCAGAUGUACUUUUGCAGAUAAAAUCAGAAUGAGUGAUAUUGUUAUACUAAAAUUAUAUGUAAAUGUUAAAAUAAAGAAAUUUUAUUAUUUCGAUAUUGAAAAUAAAAUUAAAUCCAUAAAUGAACUCAGAUAUUUAUAUAAUAUUUAUGUUAAUCAUAAUAAUAAUUAUAGAUCUAUGCCAUUCAGACAUUUCUAUCAUACCAAAAUUCAAAUCAAAUCAAAAUUAUUAAAAGAUUUACCUUUCAAAUCAAAACCUAAAUUAUUCAAAAAAUUACAAAAUCAUUCCAAUUUAAACAACAAACAACAAACAAAUAAUAUUAAUAACAAAAAAACAAAAACAGAUCAAAUCAAUUUUAAUGCUCUACCAAAUCCAAAACUUGCUGCAAAAUGGUACCAAAUGUUACACACAAUUAAAAAAAAUAUACUAGACCAAAAAAAAAUCAAAUCACAAUUAUCUUAUCACAAAAAGUUAAAGGAAAAAUUAAAAAUACAACAAGCAAAGAGUCAAGUCGUAAAACAAAGGAAAAAAAUUUCAUACAAAAAGGGAAGAAAAUAA